AUGACCAGACACCCGUCGGGGUUGCAUUUGCCGAGAUCUUGCUUAUCCCCUUCUAGAACCGAUACCCUAGCUGUCGCUACCUGCAGCGUCACCGAUCCCCUCACGUUGCCCCAGUCGAUGGGGUAUGAAUCCUUGGACGCCGCGGCGCCCCCAAGAGGUGCGCAACAACCUUCUCACGACAUCGGGAAGCUGAGAUGCAACGACCCCCUGGCCUCCCACAACACGACCCAGGGCAGUGAUUCCGAGGAAACGCAUAGGAUGCACCCAUCGCCGUUGUUGCCUAGUUUGGUGUUCCAUCAGAAGGACCUCAGCGAUCAGGAUUUCCGCCGUGAGGCGGUGCUGGGGCAAGGUAGCUAUUCCAUCGUCACGAGCGCCACUCACCUGCCGUCGGGUCGUCUUUUCGCCCUGAAGGAGCUUUCUCGUUUCCAUCUGCGGCGGAAUCGCAUGAGUAGGCAGCUUCAGUGGGAGAUCAACGUUCACCGCAAACUGCGUCAUCCGAACGUCGUGCGCUUGUACAGUUAUUACGUCACAUCGCGAUACAUCCACCUGGUGCUGGAGCUCUGUCCAGGGGGGACCAUCCUGCAGCGACUACGCGCGUCCGCGGGGGGUCGGUUGGAUGAGUUACACGCCUCCCGCUACGCUCGGCACGUCGCGCGGGCGCUGGAGCACAUCCACCGUAACGGCAUUGCCCACCGGGACCUCAAGCUGGAGAACGUCCUCCUCGACGCGCGCGGCGUCGCCAAGCUCGCGGACUUCGGUUGGUCGAGAAGUGUCUGCUCCGACAAUGACAGGCGAGAGAGAGAAAGGGGAAGAGCAGAAGGAGAAGGAGAAGGCGAAGGGGCGUGGCAGCCGCCACGGCGCGAUGCGGAGGAGGCGGAGGCGGAGGUGGAGUCGCGCCGUAGCGAAUCCGGGGAGAGCGCGGCGUCGGCGGCACCGCCCGGAACCCGCCUCACCGUCUGCGGGACGCUCGAUUACCUCUCCCCGGAGAUGGUCUCCGGGCAACCGCAUACGGCGAAGACGGAUGUCUGGUCCCUUGGCGCGAUGAUUGUCGAGAUGCUCACCGGGCAACCACCCUUUUAUCACGCCUCGCAGCAGGAGACUCUGGAGGCGAUCCGCACCCAGGCGCCCAAUUUGUGCGGCCGCCGCUCGCCAUCCUGCCCUAAACCGACAAGCGCGCAUCGUGAGAUGGACGAGGAAAAGCCAGCGGGAGGGAGUGGUCUCGCGGCGGCCGCCACAGCCCAGGAUGAGGCGACGGUCCAGAUUUCCCCCCUCGCUCGAAAUUUGAUUUUGAGUAUGUUGAAAAAGUCUCCGGACGAGCGCCCGACUAUGGAGCAAGUGCUCCAACACCCGUGGCUCAUAAAGCACCGGGGUUAG